GUAAUAACAAUAUUGUAAUUUGAAUGAAUAAAACAUUUAUAGACACCAAAAUUGCUCCUGAUUGUUAGCGUUUAAUUUGAACAUUCUAAACACAAAGCUUCGAGUAUCUAGUAUUGUUUAUUUGUGCGAUUUAGUUAGAUUUCUAUUUAUACUAUCAAUUUUUUCAUUCAUCACACAUUUUAUCAUUGUCACUAAUGACCUUAAUAGUGGCAGAUUGUAAUAUAAAUCAAUAAAUAAAUAUAUACAUAUACAUUAUAUGUUAUUGGAACCUACAUUCCUACUGGAACCUACGUUUUUGAUAUUUUAUAGAUACUGGGUAUCUCAGAAUAAAAUUUACUUUUAUACAUUCAAUUAGUCCGUAAAACACUGAAGUUUUGCCAUAGCAGGCUUCAUCAGGACAAAAUCAAUUAAAGGCAGACCAAAUAAGCACAUCUCACACCAUUAUAAGACAUCUAGUUUACAUUAGAAACUCGAGGAUUUUUUUAUACGUCUUUCAAUUAUAUGAAAUUCAAUAAAUAGAAGUGAUUAUAGUUGAUGAAUUAAUGGAAUGUAUAGAAUUUUUAAGUGAUUUGAAACGACAACGAUUUAUUUGCUUUUAAUUGAUGAGAGUGAAACUUUGAUAAGUAAUUUCCUACCCAACAUUUUUUCUUAAUUUUGGCACUACUUUAUUGGGACGAUGAUGUAUAAGUCAGCAAGAGUUAUCGCCAGUCCUCCUGGAGUGGGGCGGCUUAUUCGAGAGGGGAUAUGAUAAACUUUUUUCUUUUAGUUCUUCCCCGAUUUAGUCCUUAACAGUACCUAACCAAAUAGUUGACCAUAUUCCACAAUGACGACCCUUCCUACCAUCAUAGAAGAGUUCACAGGUGAACAAGUAUUAAACAAGAUAUGUGACUACAAGAAUUUGUCUUUCUUUAUGAGCAAUAUUCCGGAAGAUGUUAAUGACACUGAAUAUAUUUCCUUCUUGCGAUCAAACAACAUUCGUGCGAUUGUUCGUCCCAAUCAUAAUUCCCAGAACUACAUGCUCUCCCUCGCUAAAGGUAUAUCAGACUUUGUCAUCAAUUUUCCAGACCCCAUUCCCGAUGGUUUUCUCAUCAAGCUAUUCCUGAAGAACCUGAAACAUUUUAUUGCUGAGGAAGAACACGUCUCCAUUGCUAUUGAAGAAUCGGUUGAAGGAGCAUACCUCUUGGUUUAUGUCUUGAUCGAGUUGGGAGUGAACUUGAAGGAAGCUAUAGAGGAGAUAAAGAAGCUUGAUUUGGAACUAGAGAAAACACAGGUCGAUUUCCUUCGCCGAAGGAGUCGGCAGCUCAAGCGGAUGCGAAAUGUGGGGGCUUGCACCAUUUCCUAAUUUCACAAUUGCUCCUAAUUCAUUCAAAAAUUAAUCUUCUACAGAUAAAUGCUCCUGCAGUGAAAUAAUAAUGAUUUUCUUAUUAUUGUAAUUACAGCAACUCUGGAGGUAGGAGUGAUUUUAUUCUAUGCUUUAUCCAAAAUUAUACCUUGUCCAGUUAUAAAAGGCGGUCCCCUUUCCCAAAAUCUUUCGCCCUUCAGUAGCUUGCUAAAGUACAGUGUAUCACUUGUUCGUAAAAUAUAGUUUCAUUUACCGAAACUGCCUUAUGAUAUACAUUAAUUGUAUAAUAAUUUAUUAUUGGUUCAGUAAAUAUUAUUCCAUAAAUAUUUCUUAAUUAAUGGAUAUUUUUGAAUAUUAGUGGUGAUGUGUUUAUUUAUAAAACUACUGAUAUAUAUCAAAUAAUACUGUAAGACUACUUACAAAAUAUUACAAAUUUAUCAUUUUAAGCCUCUCAAUACCAAGUUCUACUAACACUAUGAUUGAAAUCGAUGAGUGAUGCUUACAAGAAUUUUAUUUUUAAUCUUAAAUUUAACAAAUAUUUUAUGCUUAUAGGACGAAAUACUGUUGCAUUUUGAAAAAUUUUCAUAUACAAAAAUAUUGGAAAACCAUUAUUUUUCACCUUUUUUUCCUGAUAGACAAAAUAUUUUUAUAAAAUACUAUAGUAUUUUUAUCGAAAUAUUUAAAAACAAAUUAAGAAUCAACUAAUAAGAAUAAAACCAUAUUUUUUAAAAUAAAAGUCUGUUUUAUUAUGAAAGUUAAAAGUGUGUAUGAAUAUAAUUUUC